AUGGUCGUGGCAGCUUCCUAUCAAAAUAGAGCUCUCCAGAUUCGACGAGGUGCGGCUCUGACCGAAGAGCUUGCUAAACGAUUAUUGAUUGAUGGAGAGAAAACCCGUGAUAUCCUGCAGGCCUUGCUGAUUACCAUUGCCUGGUAUCAUGGGCAUCUUAAGAGAAACCCUCAAAUGACAAAUCUUUUGCAUCUUGCUCUUGCGGUUCUUGCCGAUCUCGGGUUUGAUAAGCCAGCACAUCUAAAUGAUCGUCGCACAGUAAUAUUCGACGCAUCAAGAUCAAGCUACGGAUUUGCGGAAGAAACCAAUCGCAUGGAUAAUGAAGAUCGGAGGACUCUAUUAGGUUGCUUCUAUGUCACCUCUGUGGCAUCUGCUGUAUUUCGACGUGUCGAUGCAAUACCAUACAGCCGACAUUUAAACCAGGCAUUACAAAUCCUGGUCGAAACUGGAGAACAUCCAGCGGAUGAGUUGCUAGUUCAGCAUGUUCGUUUGCAGAGCCUAGUCGAACAAAUUGCCCAGGUAGCACCGUUCGAUGAUCCACAAGGACCCCACAGCUCAUGGGCUCCGACCACAAUGCAUAUUCGCUAUCUAGAACAGCAACUGACAGAUCUCGCACAAUCAGCGACUAAAUUCAACACAAAUUGCAACUGGCUUAUCCAUGUUCAUGCAGCACGGAUCUUUCUCUACGAGGCCGGACUUUACGACCCUCUAUGGCAGAAUGCAAACACUAGUACGGGUGCCCGACAGCAGCGUUUAGACACAAUGUGGAAAUGCCUUGCCGCGACAAAGUCAUUAUUCGAAGUAUACAUCUCCAUGCCUGAUCAUAUGAUCUUUACCGCGUCAUACGCCCUCUGGGGUCUUUUGGCGUAUGCUCUGCUCAUUGCUUCCCGUCUCUGUCUAUCCAAAGUUGAAGGUUGGGAUGUAGACCUGGUUCGAACAGAACUUGACUUUUCUCAAAUACUCGAAUUGGUUGCACAGAAGACAGAUCAAGGCAAUGCGUUCGCACGUGUUCAUUGGCUAGGAGACGGUGGCUCAGACGAGAUGGUUGACCGGGUCACAAUGAAGACGAGGAGAGUUCAGACUUGGUUCAAUCAAUACUUCCCCCGGAUAUUUGCACAACAUGACCCUGCUCUUGCUAUGGGUCCAGAUCCUAGUUUUCUUCUAGGAAUUGAUGAUAUGUUCUGGGAGGAACUGAUAACAGGUUUCCAACCAGCCGGUUUAUAG